CAGCGCGGCGUGUUCGGCCCGCGGAUUGGCCGCGUGCCGCGGCAGUGGGCGGGGCUGGGCCCGCGGAGCGGCCAGAGCGGGGCGGCCAUGACGGCGCACAGUUUCGCGCUGCCGCUCGUCCUCUUCUCCGCCUUCUGGGGCCUCGUGGGCAUCGCCGCCCCCUGGUUCGUGCCCAAGGGGCCGAACCGCGGGGUGAUUAUCACGAUGCUGGUCACCACGGCCGUGUGCUGUUACCUCUUCUGGCUCAUCGCCAUCCUGGCGCAGGCUAACCCCCUCUUCGGGCCGCAGCUGAAGAACGAGACCAUCUGGUACGUGCGCUUCCUCUGGGAGUGACUAGUUCCCAGGAGCCGGCGCCUGAACCGAGACCCCCCGCCAAAUCCAUCACCCUCUUGCAGCUGUUCCAGCCUCUACCCUCCUGUACCAGGCAGCCCCCAGAGGUGCUGGGACAGAGGCUGGACCCGCUGCCCCAGCGCACCUGGAGCACUGCGACCUGGACCGAUGAUGGCUCGGCCCCUGAGCGCGGCAGGCAGCACCCCUGGACAAGGGCCUAGUAAGCUGGCAAUGACAGCAGCCAGGGAGAGAUCCCUUCAGCUGCCUAAGUGCUGCAGUCACUGAGCACCAUCCUGCAAGGGAUCUGUUUGUGGUGGGUUCCAGUGGAUCUUGUCCCAGCAGUGCUCCCCCUGUUCCCUCAGUGCACUCAGCCCUAGCCCACAAGUGAAACCCCUGCUCAUAGCCCAGGCUGCCCACCUUGUUGCCCUAUCCCUGGUCAUUUCAGGCACCAGCUUCCCCUCUGCAUGAGAACGCAGGAGCCACUGCAACCUCUGUCCAUCUUCUGUGGUGGGGUGGUCCCUACUAAGAUAGAUUGUGGCUGUGGGUGGGAGAAGACAGGGCUGACCCUGGAGGAACAUGCAGACCCCCUUAGGUGUGAUAAGGGAGGUGCUGGGGUCUGCUGGAGGAGAUGAAAGGAGGGCUUUGUCUCCCACCUCAGAAGUGAAGCAGCUGCAGUAGUGUCUAGGUAUCUCCACCACAGUGUCAUGGGUCCAGGUUGUGAGAAGAACACAGUAGGGCAUUGUGUUUUAGGUUUCCCCUUAUUUAUGAGAUAAUUUAUCUGUAUUUAUUUAUUUGUCUGUGUUCAAUUUGUGUUGUGGAAAUAAAUCUUUUUUCUAGUAA